UAGCUUAUAAUUCAUCUGUUGACCGGUUUCCUACUGAAAAGAAGAAGAUUGUGGUGAGUGGGAAUCCGGUUAGGUUGUUAAUAAAGAAGUUUGUGUCAAAAGCCGUGGCAAGGACGUAUUUUUCCCCUAGGUUGGCUAAGGUAUCAGAAUCGGAGGCGGUGGUGCUGCUGGUGCUUGGGGGAUCCUUUGGGGCUAAUUCUAUGAACAUUGCUCUAUUCAAUAUUUAUUUUCAGAUGUUGGAGCAGCGGCCAAAUUUGCAUAUAAUUUGGGAGACUGGUGUUGAAUCAUUCAAUGAGAUGGAGAGCCUUGUUCGAAACCAUCCUCGAUUGGUAUUGGCACCGUUUUUGCGUUCUAUGGACAUGGGAUAUGGAGCUGCAGAUCUUAUUGUUUCUAGGGCUGGAUCGAUGACUUGUACUGAACUACUAGUUACAGGGAAACCUGCCAUCCUGGUCUAUACUACAGGAAUGCGCCUUAUGCUAGUGAGGAAAUUGAUGUGGUUCGUGAGCAAUGGGCUAAGUUUUUUACCAGAAAGUAUUUAUUAUUGGCCUGAGCGCGUUUGAUCGAGUUGGCUUAGAUGUUAUAGAACAAUAUUUUGUAUUAAAAUGUAUGCGUACGUUGAAAUUGGAACGUACAUAUAUUUAAAUGUAUUAGUACGUGCACUUUGGUUUUGGAAUAUAUACAAAACUACAGUUAUUGUUUAUAUAUUUGUUAUACAGGU